CCACCGUGCGUGCUGAGUAAAUUCACGUCCGUAUAAGACGUUGAUUUCUCUCUUUUUCCCUUCCUUCUUUUUUUUCAUGCUAGAUCUCGCUACCCUUCACGCAAAUUCCCGACUGUGAUACGAAACGGUAUUAGUCACUCGAUGGAGCUAGCGAUAUGAGAACUAUCUAAAGGAGUGUGACAGAUAGAGAAAUAUUCCUUUUCUUGACGGGAUACGUAACUCUUCGAGAUGGACAGCAAGGGGAGGAAGAUCAUCGUCUGUGACAAUGGCACCGGGUUUGUCAAGUGUGGGUACGCCGGCGCAAACUUUCCAGCCCAUAUAUUCCCGUCUAUAGUGGGACGACCAAUAAUCAGAGCUGUCAACAAAAUAGGUGAUAUUGACGUCAAGGAUGUGCUUAACAUGCCUGACUUAAUGGUCGGCGAUGAAGCAAGUAAACUUCGUUCUAUGUUAGAAAUAAGUUAUCCAAUGCAAAAUGGGAUUGUUAGAAAUUGGGAAGAUAUGUGUCACGUAUGGGAUUACACUUUCGGCAAGGAGAAAAUGAAUAUUAAUCCUAAAGAGUGUAAAAUUCUGUUAACCGAGCCACCAAUGAAUCCUAUCACGAAUAGAGAAAAGAUGAUAGAGGUAAUGUUUGAGAAGUACGGUUUUGCUGGGACAUACAUUGCGAUCCAGGCAGUACUGACAUUAUACGCUCAAGGAUUGAUUAGCGGUGUCGUUGUGGAUUCCGGUGAUGGUGUUACGCACAUUUGUCCCGUGUUUGAAGAGUAUGCUUUGCCACAUUUGACCAGACGAUUAGACAUAGCCGGACGCGAUAUUACAAUGUAUCUAAUUAAAUUGCUGCUACUGCGUGGUUACGCUUUUAAUCACUCAGCUGAUUUUGAAACUGUUCGAAUGUUAAAAGAGAAACUAUGUUACAUCGGUUAUAAUAUAGAAACGGAAGAGAAGUUGGCUCUUGAAACCACUGUAUUAGUGGAGUCUUAUACUCUUCCUGAUGGUCGUGUGAUCAAAGUAGGCGGUGAGAGAUUUGCAGCACCGGAAGCGCUCUUUCAGCCUCAUUUGAUUAACGUCGAGGCACAGGGAAUAGCUGAGCUAGUAUUUAGCACAAUUCAAGCAGCUGAUAUCGAUAUCAGAAGCGAACUGUAUAAGCACAUCGUUCUGAGUGGAGGUAGUACAAUGUAUCCAGGGCUUCCAUCGAGGCUUGAACGAGAAAUUAAACAACUUUAUCUUCAAAGAGUAUUAAAGAAUGAUACCACUAAAUUGAAUAAAUUUAAGAUAAAAAUUGAAGACUCACCUCGACGUAAAGACAUGGUUUUCAUGGGUGGUGCUGUACUAGCAGAAAUAACGAAGGACCGAGAUUCUGUAUGGAUAACGCGGGAAGAGUAUGAAGAAAAAGGUCUUAGUGUACUAAAAAAAUUAGGCUCCUAUGAAUCAUAAGAAAAGUCAUACACACAAAUAUAGGCUACAAAAUUUUUAACGGCCAAUCAAGCGUUUUUAUACUUAAAAAAAAAAAACGUUCUUUAGUUAGACUUGCGCAGCAGUUUUAUAAUUUGUUAUAUAAUUGUAAAAAGGUACUUUAAACGAAGUACUUUAAAAGAUUUACUAGCCGUUUGAUACUAAACUCUAGUAAACUCAUGUAUUUUUUGGUUAAAUGUGAUAU